ACGCGGCCUCGGAGAUCCGCUAGGACGCGGCCACGUUGUCCUGCGCGCUUGGCGCUCCUGGCCCCGCGAUCCCGGACGGUUGCACCCACUUUCCUGUCCCUUUGCCUAGCCGCCGGGGUCGGUGGGGCCGCAGUAUCCCGGCGCUCGUUCUCCUGGGCGCAGAGAACGGCCUGGCCACUCGAAGGCUCCAGCGCGCGGGCGCGACUGGGAUCUGGGCCCGGAAGGCGCCGCCCCGUUAGCUUCCCCGCGCCUCCUGAAGCAGCGACCGGGAGGGAGCGCAGUCUAGUGGGGCUCGGCCAAGGGGCCCAUGCCCGUGUUCCCCCGCGGGCGCGCGCCAUGGCCUCCGGGAGCGUGGCCGAGUGCCUGCAGCAGGAGACCACCUGCCCCGUGUGCCUGCAGUACUUCGCCGAGCCCAUGAUGCUCGACUGCGGCCACAACAUCUGUUGCGCGUGCCUUGCCCGCUGCUGGGGUGCGGCCGAGACCAAUGUGUCGUGCCCGCAGUGCCGGGAGACCUUUCCGCAGCGACACAUGCGGCCCAACCGGCACCUGGCCAACGUGACCCAGCUGGUGAAGCAGCUGCGCACCGAGCGGCCGUCGGGGCCCGGCGGCGAGAUGGGCGUGUGCGAGAAACACCGCGAGCCCCUGAAGCUGUACUGCGAGGAGGACCAGAUGCCCAUCUGUGUGGUGUGCGACCGCUCUCGCGAGCACCGCGGCCACAGUGUGCUGCCGCUCGAGGAGGCGGUGGAGGGCUUCAAGGAGCAAAUCCAGAACCAGCUGGAUCACUUAAAAAGAGUGAAAGACUUAAAGAAGAGACGGCGAGCACAGGGGGAACAGGCACGAGCUGAACUCUUGAGCCUGACCCAGAUGGAGAGGGAGAAGAUAGUCUGGGAGUUUGAGCAGCUAUAUCACUCUUUGAAGGAGCAUGAGUAUCGUCUCCUAGCCCGCCUUGAGGAGCUGGACUUGGCCAUCUACAACAGCAUCAAUGGUGCCAUCACCCAGUUCUCCUGCAACAUCUCCCACCUUAGUGGUCUGAUUGCCCAGCUCGAAGAGAAGCAGCAGCAGCCCACCAGAGAGCUUCUGCAGGACAUUGGGGACACACUGAGCAGGGCUGAAAGAAUCCGGAUCCCUGAACCUUGGAUCACACCUCCAGAUCUGCAAGAGAAAAUACACAUUUUUGCCCAAAAAUGUCUGUUCUUGACUGAGAGUUUGAAGCAGUUCACAGAAAAAAUGCAGUCUGAUAUGGAGAAAAUCCAAGAAUUGCGAGAAGCUCAGUUAUACUCAGUGGAUGUGACUCUGGACCCAGACACAGCCUACCCCAGCCUGAUCCUCUCUGAUAACCUGCGGCAAGUGCGGUACAGUUACCUCCAGCAGGACCUGCCUGACAAUCCUGAGCGAUUCAAUCUCUUCCCCUGUGUUCUGGGCUCUCCGUGCUUCAUCGCUGGGAGACAUUAUUGGGAGGUAGAGGUGGGAGAUAAGGCCAAGUGGACCAUAGGUGUCUGUGAAGACUCUGUAUGCAGAAAAGGUGGAGUAACAUCGGCCCCUCAGAAUGGAUUCUGGGCAGUGUCAUUGUGGUAUGGGAAAGAAUACUGGGCUCUUACCUCCCCAAUGACUGCCCUCCCCCUACGGACCCCUCUCCAGCGGGUGGGGAUUUUUUUGGACUAUGAUGCUGGUGAGGUCUCCUUCUACAACGUGACAGAGAGGUGUCACACCUUUACUUUCUCUCAUGCUACCUUCUGUGGGCCUGUCCGGCCCUACUUCAGCCUGAGCUACUCGGGAGGGAAGAGUGCAGCCCCUCUGAUCAUCUGCCCCAUGAGUGGGAUCGAUGGGUUUUCUGGCCAUGUUGGGAGUCAUGGUCAUUCCAUGGAGACUUCCCCUUGAGAGAUGAACUCAAGCCAAAAUGACUGUUGGCUAUACUCCUACCCCUGACACAUGGCAUCUCAUUGCCUUGCCACUUACUAGCCAUCACAGCAGGAUAUCCUUAACCACUUUCUAUGUCCUCGAAGUGGAAGACAGGAUGUCCAUGUUCUUGAUCGUCCUUUUCCUUUCAGGCAAACUGUAAUGAGAACUCUCAACAUUGCCCAGAAAUAAAAACCAGAUGUCCACCUCCAGUGUUUUAUACUUUUCCAUUUUACACAUUACUGGAGGGAAUAAAGAAUAUGGAUAAUCUUUAGAUUUGGAGGGCCAUUCCAGAUAGUUGCUCCUUUUUGGCUCAGCCUGGCUUCCUCUGGUUUUGGCCCACUUAUUGAUCAUGGGUAUCUGCUGUCAUUUUUGGACAAGAACUCCUUUCCAUGAACCUAGAGUGGGACUAUGAGGCCCUGUCAGCAUGACUUCUUAUAGCCCAGUUUUUCCCUCUGGAAAUAGUACCUCUAUCCCUGAUUCUCCAUUAAAGAGGCAUAUAUGUGUUUUGGUUAGUAACUCCAUUAAAGAGGCAUAUAUGUGUUUCGGUUAGUUACAAUUAUUUUAUAUUAAUGUUGGGGAAAGGCCCCAACUUCCGUUACAGAGAUAAUGUUCUAAUUAACAUGGUGUUUGCCUCUGUAUCUUUUCUGAGGGCUUUGUCUGCUUCCUUCAUUCUAAUGAAAAAUGCGUUCUUGUGCUGGAUGUACAUCAUCCAGGGUAAUUUUCUGCCCAGCACCAUCCAUUGCUCCUAGAUCCCCUCCCUGUCACAUUUGUGGACUGGUGGCCAGUCAGACAUCAUCCCUGGAAGGAUUCUGGGUAGUAUUCCAGGGAUUCAUCAACUUCCUGCCUCCUUUUUUCCAUCUCCUUUAGAAGAUGGGGGAAUUGUUUUUUCUAAUGUGUGUAUCAGGGGGCAGGUCCAUGCUCAUGGCCAUUGGAUCACAAAGUGUUCUGGGGUCAGAAAGAUAAGGCAGGUCACUUUGAGCAAGCCCCCGUGAUGUUUCUUGGUUCUGCUUCUCUUUGGGUACAUGCCCCUCUGUUUGAAAAUAAAGUGAGUAUGGAUGUU